AUGAAAGGAGCCGCCUUCCUCGUCUUCCCCGCCUCCACACUGGCCGGAUCCGUACUGUGGAGCGGCAUCUUCAACUCGUCCUAUACUGUCGCUGACUUUGACGAAUGGUCAUGGAGCAACCAAAUCGCCCCCUGGCAAUGGUACAUCCACGGCGACGGCAAAACGUCCGAAUACCUAGCCCUAUCCAGCGACUACAAGAACCCGGCAGCGAGCGAUGCCCAGGGUCUGCAGACUAGACUUGUACUUCCCCCACCCCACGCUCACAAUACCUUCUCCCACUCUACUAAUACAAUGAAUGAACAGGAUAGUACCUCCUUCUGGGAAGGCCAAUCAAUGCAACGCACCGAACUCAUCCCCCAAAUGUCCCCCUCCAGCUCCGCCUCCGACCUCGGCUCCGGCCAUCUCUACUACCACUUCUCUCUGUCUGCCAGCAGCACCAACCCUCCUUCGUCGUCGAGCGAGCACCAAAUCGCCUUCUUCGAGAGCCAUUUCACGGAGCUGCAGUACCAGGAUAACACGCUGAAGUGGAAUGCCGGCGGGGAUACGCAUUACUCUGUGGAGCUUGAGACGGGCAAGUGGUACAACUUUGCGUAUGAUAUUGAUUUCGAUAAUCAGAAGGUUGGGCUUUGGGCGUCGAAUGGAUCGGAUGCGUUGACGGAGGUGGUUAGUCCUGUUAGUGCGAGUGCGAGCUCGAAUGGGGAGGACUUCCAUGUGGGUGUGUUGAGUUUGACGGGUGAUGGGACGGAGGAUUGGUUCUGGAGUGGGGUUUAUAUUGAGAAGGGCGAUUUGACGAAGAGUAUUGGGGAUGGUAGUAGCAGUGAGAGCUCUUCGAGUGGUAGUGCUACUACUACGGCUCAGGCUGUGGAGAGUACUUCGAGUGCUGCCGCUGCUGCUACUUCUGCUGCCACUACUUCCGUCGAGGCUACCACUGCUGCCGCUGCUACCCCUACUCAGAAUGUGGCUGUUGCUUCGUCGUCUACUACUUCCGCUUCGACUACCUCCGCUGCUACUACCAGCUCCGAGUCGACUGCCGCGGCUACCCCCUCUGCUUCCAACCCUGUCAUCGCUACGCCCUCUGCUGCUCCCUCUGCUGCUCCCUCUGCUGCUGCUGCCUCUGGAUCUGCCGCUCUUCCCGUGCCUACUACUGCCUCUCAGAUCCUGACUGAUGUGCGCGCCCUCUUGACUGCGCUUCUGGCUCGGCAGGGAGUGCAUGCCCGUGACUUUGCUGUUUAG